GAUUACAGUUAUAACCGUGCGUGCGCGUGUGUGCGCAUGUGUGUGUGUGGGAGGGGUGUAUGUAUAACCCCGUACCCACGUAGCUACACCACAUGCCUUUCGUAUUAGAAUAAACAGGAUCAGUGUUUGAUGUCCAGGCAUCUUUUGUGACACCUUGAUCCCUGGUCCCCUGCAGUAUACAGUUACAUGAGCCAUUCGUCUAGGCAUCGACUUCAGUUGGUGUACUGUGUGACCUUUGCAGGAUUUGACCCACUUUCGACAAAGGGGCAUCAAUACCGUUCAAACGGAGCAGCAUCAAGCCUCUGAAGUGAUGAAACUCUUUCCGAGCCUCGUGCUGUUGACCCUAACGGUUAUCGCCAUCCAGGUCAUGCCUUUGACCAAUGGUGCAGACAUCCUCGCAUCUGUCUUACUCCCGCUGGCCAGUAGCCAUGCCAAAAGUAUGUCCGCCAUGACAGGAGCGUUGACCCGACACGGCCACAAUGUCACCAUCCUCACCUGCUCAGUUGUAGGAACAAAAGGGUUCCAGAGGGACACCUACAACAGCGCCCUCCAGUACAAAUUCGAGCAUCCUCCAGAAUUUCACGCCACUAAAGAAAUGAUAAGAAAGAUUUCGUUUGAGAAGAGUCAGUUGAAGAAAGUGAUAGGUUUGGGGAAUUUUUUUUAUUUGACGAGGAUAGCUUGCCAGUAUCUCUUUGAAGACUCUGCGACGUUAGCUAUGCUCAAGGAAUCUCACUUUGACAUCCUUAUCGGGGAUGCCUUUGACGGAUGUGAUGCGAUCCUCAGUAGUUACCUAGGAAUACCGUACAUUGCCUUGACAACAUCAAUGAGAUAUCCGUUCUUCCACGAGCACCUUUACGGAAUUCCAUCGCCAUCAUCGUACGUACCCUUGGGUACCUUCCCCUUGUCAGACAGGAUGACGUUUCUGGAGCGUGUUGCCAGCUUCAUAGAGCAUAACUUUGUCCUGAGCUUUUCACAUUGGGUACACUUCGGGGCUAUGGACAAGAUAAAAGACAAGCAUGGUAUCGCUCCAGGUCGAAGCAUUACAGAUCUUGUAGGUGGAGCAGAGUUGUGGCUGUGCAUGACAACCUUUGCAUUUGAUUUUUCUCACCCUAUCGCACCCAAUUGGGUGGCUAUCGGAAAUAUUGCUGAUAUUCCAGCGAAACAAUUGAACAAGGAAUACGAAGCCUUUGUUGAGGGGUCGGGGGAACACGGCUUCAUCAUAUUGGCAUUGGGUAAUAAUUACGGUGAGCUUCCGAAACACAUGGCAGAGGCCUUUGCGAGAGUCUUCAGUGAUCUUCCACAGAGAGUCAUCUGGCGGCAUACUGGGAAACGCCCUCGUUACCUAGGUAACAACACCAUGCUGGUAGACUGGAUGCCACAAAAUGAUCUACUUGGUCACCCGAAAGCCCGACUACUGAUAUACCAUGGCGGUCUGACAGGUAUUUUCGAAGCGAUCUACCACGCCGUCCCCAUGGUCGUCAUGCCAAUAUUUGCUGAGCAAGAUUCCAACGCCGUCAAGGUCGAGGCUAAAGGCAUGGGAAGAAUUCUCCAGAAAGACCAUAUCUCCUACGAGACCGUGAUGGAAGCGGUCAUCGAUGUCCUGGAAAAUCCAAGCUACAGGGAAAACGUCCGCAGAUCUUCAAGAAUCUACAGAGACACCCAGGCUCACCCGGAUGAAACUGUGGUCUACUGGGUCGAACACAUCCUCAAAUUUGGAGGGUCACACCUGAGAUCUAGAGCCUUGGAACUCAGCUUCAUCCAGCUUCACUCGAUCGACGUUCUCGCUUUCAUCGUCGGGAUCAUAGGUGUCAUCGUGUUCCUUCUCUACAUUUGUUCUAAGCAAUGUCUGUCCUGGUGCUUCAAAAGUAGAAAAUCAAAAGUAGAAUGAAGAAGAAGAAGCAAAAUAAGAAUAGUAAUAAUAAUAAUGAGAUGAUGAUGUUGAAGAAGAUGAUAAACACCCAACAAACUUAUUCUAGCCUGUUACGCAUGCUACGUGUCAGGCGUACGCAUUUUCAGUCAUGAAGACAAUCAUUUCUAACAAAUUGUGUAAGGUGCGGAUAUAAUUCUCUUAAAUCUUGGGUGACAAUUAUUGCAAAUUUUGUCGUUUGUACUGGUUUGGCUCAAUAACCUUUGAUUUAGAGCCCUAAAAAUAUUCCAGAAGCAGGAGCAGAAAUGGCAAAAGUUUUGAUGCCAGGAAUUAAAAAAGAAAAAGAAAAAAGAAAAGCUUCAACAAAUUUAAUUUUCAAUAACAUUCUCGCUCAUGUAUAUUGCUUUUAGAGACAUUUCAUCUUAUUUUAACAAUGUAGCAAUAAAAUUUAAAAAAUAUUGUUGUCAAUUUGAUCAAUGCAGCCCCUAAAACGAAAUCCUGUCCUGAAAUGGUUAAUACAGCCAGAGGGAUGGAAAUCAACUCUAUUAUGAGUCAUAUUAUAAUAAUAAUGGGUUCUUAUAU